CCGCGGCGGCCGUGCCCCGGCGGGAGGCGGGAGAAGGCCGGGCCCGGGAGGGCGGCGCCGGGAGCUGCUGCGGGGCGGGACGGAGCUGGGCGCUCCCUCAGGAAGUUAUUUUAGAAGGAAAGAACACAUCUAAGAAACAAGAUGUCUCAUGCUGGGGGUCGAUACCAAAAUAAGCAAUACAGGCACCAUGAGAACCACAGAUCUGAUAGAUACAAGGAAGACAGAACAAGAAGAAAUCCAUACCCGUACAAUGCAAGAUCAACAGGAGACAUCCGAGGUGGCCAGCACUCAAGGACUUCUGCUGUUUGCUCAGACCCUUACCCUAAAACCUCAGGAGAAGCACAGGAGUAUUUUGGGCCCCCUCCAGAGUUUUAUCCUYCCAAGGAAAGCUUCUCAACGAAGUGUUCAAAGGUAUGCACAACAAGAGGCAUUUUGAAGUUUGUGGAAAUCACGGUUAACCUCCUGGUGCUGAUCUGCGUGGGUGCUUCCCAAGCCUCCGUCGCAAGCUUCUCAUACCUCGGAGGCUUCGGCUCCUUCAACCUGAACUCGGUGUACAGCCCRUUCGAGGGCACGGAGCUGCGGGAGGUCAGGGAGCUGGACAUGCAGUUCAGCCAGAUGCGAGCCCCGUGCGUGUACGGCGGGGUGGCCUUCAGCCUGGCGGGGGCCACGCUCACCCUCGUCUUCCUCGUCGUGGGGGCCAAACCCAUCCGGCAGCUCCGGACAGGGCUGCUGCUGGGCGAAUGCGCCUUCAGCCUGCUGGCCGGGCUGGCGUACCUGGCGGCCGUGGGGCUGUACCUGCACUUUGUCCGGCAGGUGAACGCCACCGAGGUGUGCCGGCGGCGGGAGCGGCUCUACGCCCGCCGCGGAUACACCUCCAUGAGCUGCGACGUCCAGGGCGGCGACGCGGCCGUCGGCCUCUUCGGUGUCGUGGCUUCGUGCCUGUACUUUGCCAGCUCCGUGGUCUGCAUCCGCGCUAUCCGCACCGUCCGGGCUUUCCAGAGCCGCGGGGCCGAGGCUUCGCACAGCCCCGUGGGCAGCGUCAGAGACAGAAGCGUCGGGAGCCGCCACGCCGUUCACAGGACCUCUGAAAGCUCCCGCAGCAUCCCGGCUCUCGCCACCUUAGUGUGAAGGCAGCUCUGGGGCUGUGCUGGAGAACCAAAGGAUGGACACGGGCAAACAGGCGGCCAGCCCACGGCGUGUUUUCCUUACAGGGUGCUGGAGUGCGUGUUGAGUCACAAUUGUAACUACACUGCUGCAACCUGAUGUGAUCAAAUCGACGUUGAGCGACUGUUUUAACGAGGUUCUUUGCUCCGGUCUCUCAGGCUGGACUCCUGUAUUUGAAAUGUGUUUGAUUGUAAUGUUUUCAUCCUGCACAGAGCAAAUCCAAACAGCAGUGGGCUUUUAACAUGUUACAACUGCGUUGCUGCCAAUUCUUUCUUCUCCCGUGAUAUAAGGGAUUGAAUGCAUAGCUAGGACACAGCCUUCAACAGAUCCUGUGCCUGUUGUGCRUCCUGUUCCUUUAUCCUACAGCGCUUACAAAGCAAAGGAUACCCGAGUGCUUCUCUGAAUUGCGUCCGAAGUUACGCUUGUGACCUGCUUUGCCUUGGCUAGYGGAGCGUUUUAUCUUCUGAGUCACGGGGGUUGACACAUGCCGAUCAUGUGCUCCCUGAGGAAUUCCGCUGCCAGGAACUAGCUGCAUGCCAAAGGCAGCAUUUGGGUCCUUUUCCAGUUUCCUACUACAUUUUCACAUCUCACUGAGAGCAGAUCAGAACCUGACAGGCAUCACACUGGUCAGGUAUGAGCUUUGUAAAGAUACUCUUKGCUUCUGUAAGUACCAAAACAUUUGGCUUGCUGACUCCACAGCCGGUGGUGGGCAGAGCCCGAAUCAGGACUCUGGGAAUGCUGUAACAAUGACAGAAAGUACAUGUAUCCUUCCAAUGUCUAAACAGGCAAAGCAUGAGUGAACAGCAGUAAUUGUAUGCCCCAGUGUUGAGAAAAUAAAUUUUAAGAGAACAUCUUUCAAGAGUCAUUUGUUUGACACAGAUGAAAUAGAUCACUGGUCUUCAAAGAUGAGGGAGUGAAAAAAAGAAAAGGCUGUUCUUGAAGUGCAUGACAUCUGUCAGCUUGAGAGGGGGGAAGAUUCUGGCCAUUUUCAUUCUUUUGUCUGGCUCACAGUCAUUGCCCAGAUGAAGCUCUUUUGAACCAUAGUAGAGCUUGUUUAUUGCAUACUUCAUGAAUACACAUAUACACACACAGAGAUCUCAAAGGAUUGUGUUUGAGCCAAAGAAGAAAAUGUUAUGGUUCUGAUUAGAAGUGAUUGCAUAAGCCUUUACAAUAAGUAUAAUUUAUAUAAUUCCUUAAACAUCUCUUUAACACUUUGAACACCAACAAGCUCCAUAGCAUUAUUAUCCUUCAGGAGAGACAGGAAUAGAGUUUUUCCAAACUUGCUAUGACUCACAGCCAUGCUAGAGUCAGGAAAUUAGAACUUUGAUUUCUAGCUCUUUGCCCAGACCUUCUCUGGUGUGCUGUAAUCGGUUGGCAAGUCUUUCCAGGGAUGUCUGGCACGCAGCUAAAGCCACA